GCUUAUGCACUUUUGCGCAUGUCACAAUAUGCAAGUUGGCAUUUCGCUGGAGCUGUUGCGUUGCGCGGAUGAACAGUGUUGUACCGCUGCCUCAUCCUACUACUUAGGGAAGUGCUGCGAUUUGUAAUUUAAGUCACAGAGGAUGCUGGGGUGUAUCAUUCAGUACUUCUACACAUCAUUUCUGCGGUUUUGGCUGAAGUGGUUUCUGCGUCAGCUCACUGGGAAGUGUGAGCUUCAGAGGGUAUGUGCAGGCUAUAGGCCAGGAGCAGAAAGGACAACCAGGGCAGAGUAUUCCCUGGAGUCAUCAAAGAGCAAGGUGUUGAGGGCAUCAGUAACUGCAGAGGAAGGAGCUGUGGAAGAUUAUGUAAAGAAAAUAAUCAAGGAGAAGAAUGUGAAAGAGGAGAAAGAUGCCACGUUUAAGAAGAACCUGAGCAUAUGUUUAUUGCAAAUAACCGGAUACAAGAAUCUGUAUGAAUGUGCAGAAGAGCUGAGAAAAGAAGUAUUUGAUUGUGAAAAGGAAGAGCAUGAAAACAUGGUCUUGAAGCUCUGGGAUCUCUUGAUGCCUUCCACAAAACUCGAGUCAAGAGUAACUAAGCAGUGGGGUGACAUUGGUUUCCAAGGGGACGAUCCAAAGACUGACUUCCGUGGAAUGGGAAUGCUUGGAUUAACCAAUCUUGUCUUUUUCAGUGAGAACUACACGGAGGCAUCACGGCAAGUCCUCUCCCAUGCCAACCAUCCUAAACUGGGAUACUCAUAUGCUAUUGUCGGUAUCAACCUGACUGAGAUGGCCUACAGCUUGCUGAAGAGCGGCGCUCUCAAGCCUCACUUCUACAACUGUGUAGAGGGCAGGCCUCAAAUGGAGCACUUUCAUCAGCUCUACUGUUAUCUAGCAUACGAGUUCGACAAGUUCUGGAUCCAAGAAGAGCCAGAGAGCAUCAUGGAGUUUAAUUUGUACCGAGAGAAAUUUCAUGAGAAGGUUAAAAGACUACUCCUGGACCAAGACGUGUCUCUGAUUUUAAAUGUGGAUUCUUGAAACUGACCUAAUACUGAGUUGAGAUUCCUCACCUUGCAUACUCUCCAUUCCUUUGUGCCCAGAUACACGUAGAAUGUCACCCAAGAGCUAAAGACAAAAAUUAAAACAAGCGAAACCAAGCAAAAUAUUUCCCCGUUUUUACUUACCCAGGGUACCAUUUGAUUGUGUUUUGUUUACAGCAUUCGUGUGGUGCUCCAAGGGAAAUUCCUUCCAGUCGUUCCUAUUGAACAUUCCAGUUGUUAUACUACGUUUUAAAGGCUUGAAGUUAAUAGUUGUAGGUCAAUCCUCUUUUUUAAGAGGUCUGGGAUGCAUUUCUCAAAAGCGUAGUUGAUAGCAAUUAGCAACUUGGGUAGUUGCCAAUGGGAAAUUGCAUUGCAACCAACAAAGUAGCUACCGUAGUUAGCAGCUACGCUUUCGAGAAAUGCACCCCUGAACUUGCCGAUUUUUUUUCUCUUGUAAGAAAGUAAAAGACUAGACUAGAUGGACUUUAGGUUUUGGAUUCUUGCUCUUGUGGGCUGUUUGCAUGUAUUUAUUAUUCAGUGCUGCCUCUUUGUCUGUUUUUAAAACUAAAUCAUCUCAGGAAUAUCACAAGUAUUUAUGUUAAGAGGAGAUCAAGUCUGUUCAAAAACCGAAAAUCAUAUGAUGGUUUUUAAAUCCUAACUCAAAAUUGUGCUGUGGCCACAGACAAUUAAUUUAUUAUUUGCAUGUUUUAAUGCGUUUUUUACAUCAGUCCUUAAAUUUCCAUCAGGUCAUUACAUUGGCACAUUUUUGUAAUCUUUUAAUACUACAAAUGGGUGAAAAGCAAUCUGGCACCAUGUCAGACCAUUCAAGAGCACACAUUGAAGAGCGUGACUUGUGCCUGACUGAUAUUGUCUGAACCUAGGAAGUGAACUGUUGCAUAAUGACGUGAUGAUGUACCUGUGUUUUAUCUACACUAAAGUGUCCCAGAUUAGAAAAAAAAUAACAGUAAUUUGUAAGUUUUACAGUACUGCUUAAGUUGUUCUACUGUACGCUUCAUGGUCAAUAAAUUAAAUUCCAGAUU